GAUAUGGAAAAGAGGGUGGGAGUGAUGGACCUGGGAGAGAGGCAUUUGUCCCAGACAGAUGAAGAAGGGCAGGGCAGAAGGGGCACAGACACACGAGUCCCCUGUUCCCAGAGGAAAUUGCAAUGAGCCCAGACAGCUGAGAAAGCUCAGUGGGGAAGAAGCCGCUGAGCUCGCCAAUGGGCAGCACGGGGUGUGCAGCAGAGCUGGCGAUUGCAGCUGCGGAGGUGAGGAGUGCAGUGCGAGCUGAGCGGGAAGAGCCCCUUGCCAUGGCUGAGGCCGCAGAGGCACGGAAUGCUCCGAAUGCCAGUGGCUGAGGGAGCCACGGCGGCUGCUGCUGGACGAGCGAGAAACGCAGCAGGAGCAUUUCAGGCACGGCAAGGACAGGCCAUUGCUCUGCCUGCUGCCGCUGCUGCUCCCGCUGCUCCCGCACACAGUCGUUUCCGGCACCUCUGUUCUCUCGCCGCUGCGACGUGCUUUCUGCCUCUUCCUCACUCAGCAAACACGCAGCUUGCUCUCGCCAUGCACCUCGCACAUCUCAUCCUCACCGUCCUCCUGGGACAGCUCCUCGUGGCUGUGGCCAGAGCCCAGGUACAGCAGGAGCCGUCACUAGAGACCACCGAGGGCACCGGAGUAAACAUCAGCUGCUCACACUCCAACAUCGGGACAGGAGAUACGAUCGCCUGGUACCGUCAGCUCCCGGAGAAGGGCCCGGUCUUCCUCGGCAGAGUUCACAAAGGGUUGAGAGAGCUGCCGGACAUAGCAGGACAGCUGUGGGUGUCGGCAGAUCGGCGUUCGAGCUCGUUGUGGCUCAGGCGGCCCCGGCGCGGGGACGCGGCCGUGUAUUACUGCGCGCUGGUGGCACGGGCAGAGGAGCCGGGGCUGCGGCCGGGCACGAACCGGGGCGGGCGGGGCCCGCAGGGGCCGGGGGCACAGCGCCGCCCGCGGCCAGCAGGGGGCGCUGCCGCUCCGCCCGCCGGGCCCCAGGCGGCUCCGCAGCUCCUUCAGUGCCCCGAGCCCGCGCACAGCGACAGCGCCCAGCCCGCCACGGCCCCGACACACGGCUGCCAGCCUGCCUGCUGCGGGACACAGCCGCCACACACAGCCCGCCACUGCCCCGACAUCUCGUUACCCAGGAACCCCUGA